CAAAUAAAAGAAAUAAUUCAAUAAGCUCCUCAAAACCCCCUUAUACAUUCAUCUUUGCACAAAUACCAUGAAGCCCCAAAUUUAAAGAAGCAUUAAGAAAAAGAUAAGAAAACACAUUAUACACAUGAUCAUAUUAUAUGAGAAAAAUCUUAGUUCCCCUCACAACACAAAUCAAUACCUCCUAACAAAGCACCCAAGCUUAGAAACAAGUCCAGAAACAGAAGUGAAAGAACCUGGGAGUAUGUUAUCAUUCUUAUUAAACGAAGAAAGACCUUAAAUACACUCUUCUUAUUCUAUAAUCUCUAAAUCAGAAUAAAUUGUAACAAAUUGAAACGA